AUGGCCCCCGCGGGUUCCGCCCUUAUGGUGCCCGCGGGUUCCCUCAUGGUCCCCACGGGUUCCGCGCUCAUGUGCCCCGACUCCCCCAACUUCGUCUCGUUGUUAUCCAUGUUCUCCUCGCCCCACCCGCUCAGCUGCGCGGGAUCGCUCGCAGACGGGCAGGAAGGGGACGAGCAGCAGGAGGAUUCCAAGGCGGGGGUGCUGGUCAGGGGCGCGGGGGGCGGAUGGGGAGGGGGAAGGGGAGGCGGAAGGGGCGCGGGCGGGAGAGGAGGCGCGGGGCAGCUGGUGUGCGCUCCGCCGAGGAAUGUGCUGCAGGUGGCAGGGGGCGCGCGCACAGAGAGGGUCCCGGGGCUGCGGGUGCGGAUAGAGAAGGCGCUGAGAAGCCUCUGUCAGUCGCGCGGAGACAUGCUGGCGCAGGUGUGGUUCCCCACGUGGCACGAGGGGCAGCGUAUGCUGAGCACGCGCGAGCAGCCGUUUGUGCUCAUGGAGGGCAGCGAGAAGCUCCGCGUCUACCGCACCAUCUCCACCAACUACACAUUCCCCUUGUCUGGCAGCGGGUACCUGGGCUUACCGGGCCGUGUCUUUGUGUCCGGUCGCCCCGAGUGGACACCCAACGUGCAGUACUAUUUGCGGGACGAAUACCUCCGAGUCGCGCAUGCCACUCGCUGCAACGUGCGCGGGGCUCUCGCCGUGCCCAUUUUCAGAGUGCUGGGAAAUGGGGGGAAGGGGAAGGGGAAGAGGGGAGGGGGCGGUGAGGGGGGAGGGGAGAGCUGGGGGACGGGCAGCAGCGGGAGUAGCAAAGGCGGGUGGGAGUGGGAGGCGGGAGGGGAACGGGAGGGGGAGGGGGAGGGGGAUGAAGGGGAGAGUGGGGGGAAGGUGAUGGUGGUGAAAGGAGGGGGAGGGGGAGGGGGAGGGGGAGGGGGAAGCGGAGGGGGGGGAAUGAGGGGGAGGAAGAGGCAGGAGCUGGUGGCGGUGGUGGAGCUGGUGAUGAUGGGCGAGGACGUGCGUUUUGGCCCUCAGAUUGACGCUGUGUGCAACGCACUGCAGACGGUGGAUCUCACCAGCAUCCGCGCAUGGGACCACCUUCCAGCAGAGAUGCCCUUUCCAGGCAGGGGAGCCGUCUUAACCGAGAUUCACGAGGUUCUCUCCUCACUCUGCGACAAGCACUCGCUCCCCCUCGCCCAGACCUGGAUCCCUUCCUCCUGGGUCCACCUCACCGAACCUCCCGCCGCUAUCGAGCCUGCGGCUCGGGGGCUGGCUCAGGGGAGCGCGGGGCCGGUAGGGGCGAGCAUGCGGAGCAGUGUGGGGGUGGGGUGGAGCAUGCGACGAGAGGGGGCGGGGCGGGGAAAGGGGGCAGUUGACGUGGGAAGCUUACAGGAAGAUGUGUUUGAGGUGUUCCAUGUUGGUGGAGAGAGUAGAGGAGAAGGAGCGGGGAGAGGAGGGGUACGAGACGGGGAGGAGCAGCAGGGAGGGGAGCAGCAGGGAGGGGAGGAGCAAGAGGGAGAGGAGGACGCAGUAACACUGUUCACAGCAGACAUGCCGAGCUGUGUGGCAGACCUGCGCAUGUGGGGGUUCCGCCAGGCCUGCUGCGAGCACCAGCUGCAGGCCGCACAGGGCUGCCCCGGCCGCGCCAUGACCUCCAACGCCCCCGCCUUCUGUGACGAUCUCCAGCUCCUCUCAAAAGAGCAGUACCCUCUAGUGCACUACGCGCGCAUGUUCGGGCUCCGAGCCGCCGUUGCCAUCCGGCUGCGGUCGGUUUUGAGUAAAGAUAUGGACUAUGUUUUGGAGUUUUUCCUGCCGCCGGGGUGUAGGGAGAAGGAGGAGCAGCAGAGGUUGUUGACGCAGCUGUCGCAGAGCAUGCAGGAGGCGUGUCGGAGCCUCCGGACGGUGACUGUGGAGGAGAUGGGGAGGAGUAGGUCCGGGAGUAGGUCCGGGAAGAGUGGGGGUAGUCGAGGCACAAGGUCAGGCUCGGGGACAGGAGGUGCGGGGGCGGGAGGCUCGGUGGCCGGUGGGUCGGUGAUGGGAGGCGGGAUGGGAGAGACGAGGGGCGGGGCGUGGGGGGGAGGGAAGGGGAAGGGGGUGGUGGGGGAAGGGGUGUCGGAGGGAGUUAGUGUGGUGAGGGGUGUGGGGGAGAAGGGAAUGAGGGAGGGGGCCGAGACUCCAGAGAAACGAGGAAGGGAGGUGAAGAGGAGGCGAGUGGAGGGACAAGGGGAGGGGGACGGUGCGAGGGUGUGUGAGGUCGGGGUUGCUGCUGGUAUAAGGGACACUGGAGUGGGGGAUAAUGGAAUGGGAGAGAGCAGUCCCUUUGAAGCAGCAGCAAUGGCAGAGCUCUGUGAAGGUUCCGUAGUCACGCCACUGGCUCACGGUGCGCCACCCACUCACAGCACGCCACCUGGCAAUGGCUCGGCUCAUGUGGCGUUUCCGCUGGGGAAUGGUGCUGUUGUGCCUGGUGCAGGAGGGAAUGGUUCAGGGUGUGGAGGAGGAGACGAAGGGGAUAAUGAACGGGUCGUGGGGAAUGGUGGGGUCAUGGGAAGUGGUGAUGGAAAUAUGGGUAACGGUGGUGGUGGUGGUAUCGGCAAUGCGUGGGCAGAAGGUGGUUUUUCCGAACAGCAGCUGCAACAGCAGCAGCAGGGGGAGGUGGGAGAGGCUCCAACCACACUUAUGGGCAUGGAAACAGGCAUGGCCACAGGAAUGGGCACAAGCAUGGGAACAGGCAUGGGUGGUGGCAGCAGCAUCAACAUCAAUGCAGGUGGGAUGGGCACAAGCAUGGGCAUGCAGGCCAUGCCGCCUCUACCUGAAGACGCUUUCUCAGGUGAAAGCUCAGGUCCUCCACCCAUGGUAUCUACAGCUGCCGCCCCUGCCGCCCCUGCCGCCCCUGCCGACCCUGUGUUGGGCGGCAGCGAGGUGGCAGCUGCACCUGCUGGCCAAUCAGGUGUCCCUGCCACGUCAGACAGGAGUGGUGACAGCCUGGACGAGGGGGGAGGGGCGCUGGAGGGUACCCCAGAUGGGGCAAGCUCGGGGCAGCCCUCGGGGGGGGCGGAAGAGGGAAGGCAGGGGGGAAUGCGGGUAGAGGAGGAUGUGACGGGGGGAGGAGGAGGGGGGGAGGAGAGGGCGGGAGGGGCGGAGGCGGGGGCGAAGGGGGGCGUGAAGAAGGGGGAGAAGCGGAGGGGGGGGACGAACGAGAAGAGCAUCAGUCUGGGCGUGCUGCAGCAGUACUUUGCCGGGAGCCUCAAGGACGCUGCUAAGGCACUGGGAGUGUGCCCCACCACACUAAAGCGCAUAUGCAGGCAGCACGGCAUAGCGCGGUGGCCGUCCCGCAAGAUCAACAAGGUGUCGAGAAGCAUUCAGAAGCUGCAGGACGUGAUCGAGUCCGUGCAGGUGCCAGCUGGUGCGCUGCGAUUGGACGCCAUCACGUCUGAGCUGGCGACGGCCGCGGCGGUGAAGGCGGUCACAGGGGCCCAGAUCGGAGGGUCAUCCAACUCCCCAGCAUUUUCAAACCAAGCAUUAGCAGCGGCAGCAGCAGCAGCAGCCACAGCAGCAGGGGGUGGGACAGGGCAACAAGCACAUGUCCCAGGAGGUUCCACUAUGCUCCCAGCUCCCUCCUUCGGUUUCAACUCCACCUCCUUCCAGUCCCUUCCCUGGCCCGGGAAUCGCCAUCCCUCCAUGCUCGACCAUAUGGUCGGAGGCUCGGCGCACGGACCUGGAGGUUCGGCACAUGGGCCCCUAGCCACGGGAGGUUCGGCGCACGGACCUCUUGCCAUGGCUGGAGGUUCGGCGCAUGGGCACUUUGCAGGAGGGUCGGCGCACGGCCCGUUCAUGGGCGUGGGUGGUUCGGGGCACGGGGGGAUGGUGUUUGCGGGAGGUUCGGCACAUGGUGGGAAUGCGUUCGCGGGAGGUUCGACACACGGAGGCAUGGCGUUCGCAGGAGGUUCGGCACAUGGGGGAAAUGCCUUUGGGGGAGCGGGCGGGUCGACACAUGGCGCGGCUCUACUGGCUGCAGCAGCGGGAGCAGGAUCAAAUCACGGGCCGUUCCCAGGGGGGGCAGUGCAGGGGGGGUAUAUCCUCAUGGGUAGUUCCGCCCAUGGGCCACACGUGGCUCAUGUGGGGGGGUCUAUGCAUGGGGCAGGGGGGUCGAUGCAUGGGGGAGGGUCAAUGCAUGGGGGGAUCAUGGCUGGAAUGCAAGCUGCUGGUAUGGGUAUGGGUGGUAUGGGUGGUAUGGGUGGUCCUGGCAUGGCAGCAGGCAUGCAAGCAGGGGGGUCGCAUCAUGGUGGAUAUUUCUUUGCAGGGGGAUCGGGCCAUGGGGCACAUAUGAUGAUGGGUUCGCCCCAUGGGGGUUCAUAUGCAGGCCCGGCAGCUGCUGCUGCAGCGGCUGCUGCUGCAGGCAUGGCCGGGCCUGGCGGAAGCGGAGGUUCAGGAGGAGGCCUUGGGCCGAACCAAGCGGGAGGAUCGAUGCACGGGGGAAUGGCGGGAAGCGCAGGGGGGAUGCACGCGGCGAAUAGGACGCCGCCACCUGGCAAGCUGCCGAUUCCGCGUGAUCCGUCUAAUUCCAAUCUGAGCCUUGCUUUGAGUCUUAAGAAUGGAGCCGGGACGCAGAGAGCAAGUGGGGCGGUUGCUGGGGGGGAUGACGAGGGCACGACACAUGGCACGAGCCUAUUGGCCAGUCUGCUUCGGAGGAGUGAUGAGGAAAUGGGGCUGGUUGGAGGGACGGUGACAGGGGGAAGGGGAGAGGGGGAUGCGGGGGAGGGGAUGGGGGUGGGGAGACAGGAGGGGGGAGGGGGUGGGGGAGGCGGUGGUGGGGAGGGGGAGAGGGACGGGCAGCUGGGGAUGAGCCUGGGUGGGCAAGCAGGCACGGCAGGGGGUGGUGCUGCAGAGCAAUGGUUGCAACAACAGCAGCACCAACAGCAGCACCCUCAACAGCAGCAGCAGCAGCAGCAGCAGCUUCAGCCUGAAGCUGCCACUGCUGGUGCUGGUGGCGCUGGGGGUGGGCGCAGAGGGCAGCAAAGGGAGGAGACGCGGGUGCACGGGGGCCGGUCAGCGUUUGUGGCUCUACGCAGCUACCAGCCCAUUGCAGGGGACCAAUCCAACGACCACCAGCAGGGGCAGCAGGGGCAGGGGCACACAGGAGGGGGCAGGGACGGGCAGGGAGGCGGAGGGGCAGCAGGGGGAGGCAGGGGAGGGUUUGAGGGGCAUGAGGCCGCUGCAGGCGGGGUGGGAGGGCGGCUGCGUGGGGGUGCGCCCUGUGCUGCCGACAUGGCUGCCCUUCGGCACUCAGGCACAGGAGGAGCUGGGCUGGGUGGGUUCGGGGGUAGAGGGGCUGCUGGGGGUGCUGGUGGUGCUGGCACUGGCGGUGCUGCCACUGGCGGUGCUCAUGCCCCAACCACGUCGCUACACCUAUGGGAGGCUGACAGGACUGCUGCCUCUGCCUCUGCUGCAGCAGCAAGCACCGGAGCAGGAGGAGCAGGAGCAGCCGGAGCAGCAGGAGGGACCCAGUCAGUGGUAACGAUCAAGGCCACAUUCGGGGGCGAUACAAUCCGGUUCAGAGUGGCACUGAACCCCUCAACUUACCAGUUGGUGCAGGAUGAAGUAGCGAGCAGGCUGAGAGUGCCGGUGGGGGCAUUCUCGCUCAAGUAUUUGGAUGAGGACGGCGAGUGGGUGGUGCUGGCGGGGCCUCAGGACAUGGACGAGUGUGUUCACAUUGUGAGGGCUUCGGGGAGCAAUACGAUCAAGCUGAAUAUCAAGGCUGAAACGGCUGGGAGAGGGUGA